GUCAUUACGAUUAUUAUUUUCGAGAUAUCCCUAAUUCCUAAAAAAUAUUUUCAUUAAUUAACACGACAAAACAAAAAAAUAAUAUUAUUAUUCACUUCCCCUUCUUUCAAACAUGGCUGCCCAGACGCCAUGUCCGAGAUGACAAAGACAUAAAAUACAGGAUAAAUUCCUGUUGUACGCAAAAGACAACAUUAUAACAAACGAAAAUCAGCCCCUCUCCUUGUCUAGAAACAGUUUUGACUGAAAGGGAUUGAAAGCUUCAAAGAAAUUUGGAGCUUUCGCUACCGACUUUAUGGAAUAAUAUGAAUCUGGAUUCGUUAUCCUUUGCUUUAGCUGAAAUCAGUUAUUCGGUUGCAAAUCUUACAAAGAAGAACUUUAGGUCGAGUGUUGCUGAAAUAAACCACUUGGUCAGCCAGCACGGUGCUGAAGCAGACAGGCAUCUAUUCCGAUGUUUGUUUUCCCAUGUAGAUUUCAGCAGUGAUGGUAAAAGUGCUGGCAAGGACUUUCAUCAGACUCAGUUUUUAAUUCAAGAGUGUACUUCACUGCUUAGCAAGCCAAACUUUGUGUCAACAUUGUGUUUUGCUAUUGAUAGUCCACUCCACCAUCAAAAGACUUUGAAGCCAUCACCGCACCUGUUUCCGCAGAUUAGUAAGCUCCUGCGACUCACUCGUGUACAAGAGGUUGUAUUUGGACUAGCAUUCCUCCAAUCCUCAAACCAGGAAAUCCAGAAUCACGCCAUUCAGUUUGUGAAACAGAAACUACCAGAUCUUAUCCGCUCAUACGUAGAUGCAGGUGACCACUCUUCGCUGAGGCAGGAGGGAGGCCUGCAGGACGUGGCUAUAGAGGUUCUCCACCUGCUGCUUGCCCACCUCAUACAAUCUAGGGAGCAGUUUGGCAUCGGCAUUGACCAGAAAGAGGCAUUCCUCGCUACACUACGGAAAGACUUUCCGCGUGACCGUGUGCCCGUAGUGAUUGGACCACUGCUGUACCCAGAAACCGAGGACAUCUCUGUUGAGAAACUUAUGUUCAUCACCAGCAUGCCGAAAACACAUCUUGAUGCAUCCCUGGCUGACAUGAUCCUGGAGUCGGGCUUCUCCUGUACUUCAUCGGUGGAAGAAUGCCGUAACAUGGUUGUACAGUUUGGCCAGAAGGAGGUUACCCCAGCUGUGGUAGCUCGCGUCUUAGGGAUGAUGGCGAGAAAUCCCUCCUCCCUGCCGGACCAGCCACAGCAGGUGAGUGUGGCCCCUGGAAGUGGCUGGGGAGACAUCGGGAAAGACAAGAUCGAACAGCCGGGAGUCAACACUUGGAAUGUGGAAAACUUUAUACAGACUAUACAGGACCUGUUUACAUCCCAUAUGAACUGGCGUGAGGUUGUGAGUGAGAUGGACUUCCCACAGUUCCUGGUGGCCAACAAACGGGGCCUCCGACUUCUCAUGAAGGGCCUUAUACAGGGCCUACAGGAAAUAUUCCCUGUCGAGUACAUCUACCGUCCGUGGAAGAAUACUGAGGGACAGUUAUCAUUGAUCAUCCAGUCCUUGAGAAACCCAGAUGUGUUCUGUUUUGCUGACUAUCCCUGCCAUUCCGUGGUCAUUGACAUACUCAAGACUGCUCCCGAUGAUGAAAAACGUGACAUUGCCACUUGGAAGUCCCUAGACCUUGUGGAGCUGCUGUUGCGACUGUCAGAGCAGGGUCACUACCAGCAGGUGUCUGAGCUGUUCAAGUUCCCCAUACAGAACUGCCCGGACAUGCUCGUACUAGCACUGCUACAGAUAUCGCCAUCAUGGAACACACUGAAGCAAGAGCUGAUCUCCAUGUUGAUGCCGAUGUUCCUGGGAAACCACCCAAACUCUGCCGUGGUGCUCCACUAUGCCUGGCAUUGUCAGGGCCUCUCUUCCACCAUCAGGACGCUGAUCAUGCACUCAAUGGCGGAGUGGUACAUGCGCGGUGAGCCACAUGACCAGACCAGGCUUUCCAGGAUAUUGGACGUUGCACAGGAUCUCAAGGCCUUGUCCAUGUUGCUGAACGCCACACCAUUUGCAUUUGUGAUUGACCUAGCGUGUCUUGCCUCCCGUCGUGAGUACCUUAAACUGGACAAGUGGCUGUCAGACAAGAUACGAGAACAUAGGGAGCCGUUUAUCCAAACAUGUGUGACGUUCCUAAAGCGAAGAUGCCCCCAGCUAGUGGGUAACAUGCCUAAGGAUGACCUGACUUCUCGUAGUCAGCAACUGCCACCAGAAACCAUCAAAGUGAUGCUCUCCUGUCUACAGGGAUGUGCUAGCAAUGUUAGCCCAGAGUUAAAUGAAGUGAUUGUGAUGAUGAUCAACCACGCCAGUGUCCUACUGAGGCAGACAGCAGUGGGUCCUAAACCCCCUAACCCCAUGGCCUCUGGCCCCCCUGUGGGACCGAGCCCCAGUAUGCCACCUGUGGGGGUUAGCCUAGGGGGUGGGGCAAACACAGGGCUUGGACUUGGGCCAAACAUGGCACAAAAUGCAAUGGCCUCCAUGGCUGCUGGGCCUUCAUCACAGCUUGACCAGGCUGACACACUGGGUAUCCCCAAGUCGUGGGGGGUCCCGGGCCAGGGCAGUACGGGCUUUGCAAGUCUUGGCGUCGGGGGCUCCACCAACCAAACCCCAGGCUCUCCAGCCAAAGGCUUCCCCUCCCAGGCAAACUCUGGCUUUGGAGCGAUGCAGAAUCUUACUUCACAGCUGCAGAACCUGACAAUGCCCUCCAGUUCAGGCCUGUCCGGGCUCAUGGCCCCACGGGCACCAGGUGCUCCUGGCGUUAAUACUCUGGGCUCCCUUAGCGCCCAGCAGGUGAUGAAACAACAGGGGCCUCAGCCAACUCCCACUCCCCCACAGCAGCCCAUACAGCCACAAGUUCCGACAGAUGUAUCGUCCCUGUUUCCGGACAUGAACCAGCAGUUUACAAAGGAGGUAGAGGACGAGGCAAACUCUUACUUCCAGCGGAUCUACAACCAGCCCCCGCACCCCACCAUGUCCAUUGACGAGGUCUUGGACAUGCUCAAACGAUUCAAAGACUCCGCUGUCAGGAAGGAAAAAGAUGUGUAUGAGUGCAUGCUGCGGAACCUGUUUGAGGAGUACCAGUUCUUCCCCAAAUACCCAGAUAGGGAGCUUCACACCACUGCUGUUCUGUUUGGGGGAAUAAUCGAGAAAGGACUCGCCACAUACAUGGCAUUGGGUAUUGCUUUGCGGUAUGUGUUGGAGGCUCUGAAGAAACAACAUGGCAGUAAGAUGUACUACUUUGGUAUAGCAGCCCUAGAUAGGUUCAAGACUCGCCUGAAGGAUUACCCAUCAUAUUGUCAGCACCUGGCUGCCAUUCCACACUUUAGUCAAUUUCCUCAGCCGCUCAUAGAGUUUGUCGAGUAUGGAGCCCAAAACCAAGAGCCGCCUCAGCUUGCAGCAGCCGCAGCAACCUCUCGUAGCUUGACCCCCGUCACGGCCUCCCUCAACCUUCUGGGAGGUCAGUCUAUGUUUGGUAUGGGUGGUAACCUCGGGGCACCAAGCUCAGUCUCAAACGCCAUGAGCGCCGGGCUUGAGUCAACGUUCAAUAUGAUGAGCAUGGGCACCAUGACAUCCAUUCCGACAACCACGGUGACAGUAACCACGGCAACAGCUUCCACCCCAGCAACAACAACAACAGCUAAGACAGGAAAUAUGCCUAAGCCAUCGAUUGCCAGUGCCACCAACAUUGACACCCUUCUGGCCGGUCAGGACAAGGAGGAGGUGGUCGUGCCCUCGGAAGCCAUCCAAGACCGAGUGUUCUUCAUUUUCAACAACCUCUCAAUGUCAAACAUGACGCAAAAGAGUGAGGAGCUGAAGAAAGAAGUGAAGGAGGAACAUCGACAGUGGAUGGCCCAGUAUCUCGUGAUGAAGAGGGCCUCUAUUGAGCCAAACUUCCAUACGCUAUAUGCAAACUUUGUGGAUGCUCUCAACAUCAAGGAUGUUGCAGAAAUGGUCAUACUGGAGGCAUUUAGGAAUAUCAAGGUUUUGUUAAAGAGUGACAAAGGUGACGCUAACUUCUCGGACAGAACACUACUCAAGAACCUCGGACACUGGCUUGGCAUGCUGACACUCGCCAAGAAUAAACCCAUCCUUCAGAUUGACAUUGACCUGAAGAAUCUGAUUUAUGAGGCCUACCAUAAGGGUGCCAGGGAGCUGUUGUACGUUGUACCCUUCACUGCCAAGGUCCUCGAGUCAUGUGGCAAGAGCAAGGUAUUCCGGCCCCCGAACCCCUGGAUCAUGGGCAUCAUGAAUGUGCUGGCUGAGCUGCACCAGGAACCAGACCUGAAACUCAACCUCAAGUUUGAGAUUGAAGUCCUCUGUAAAACCCUCAUGCUGGAUUUGGGGGACCUGAAACCAGGCAACUACCUGAAGGACACGUCUCGCCUGGCCAACCUGGAGAUCCAGCUGUCCAUCAACAAGCCCCUGGUGUCCCAGGUGUCUGCCCCACCUCCUCAGACCAUCUCCACCCCUCAGCCCCCGGAACCUCCUGUCGUCCCCACCCUCACAAAUGUGACCCCAACAGUGACGACCACCUCCAUUACUGCAUCGACCACCCCCAGUUCCACCCCAAGUCUCCCACCCCAGCCCCAGUUUGCUUUUGAUGACAUCAUUGUUACAUCACUGGCUGGACUUGCAACCCAUAUUGUCAUCAAUGAACAGCUGGGAGUGUUCCAGGCUAACCCGCAGCUGAAGCAGUAUGUACGCGUGUCCAUUGAGAGAGCCGUACAGGACCUCCUGCCUCCCGUAGUGGAAAGGUCACUAAAGAUCGCCCUUACUACAUGUGAACAGAUCAUCAGAAAGGACUUUGCUCUGGACCCAGAUGAGAAUCGUAUGCGUGUUGCAGCCCACCACAUGGUGCGCAGUAUGACAUCCGGUCUUACACUGUACACGUGCAGGGAACCACUUUUCCUGGCUAUCUCAACCAACCUCAAAACAGCCUUCAUGAACACACUCCGGCAAGGAGCAAGCCAGCAGCAGAAGGAGUUGAUCGAGCAGGCGGCCAUGUUGGUUGCCCAGGACAACAUAGAACUGGCCUCGGCCUUCAUACAGAAGACUGCAGUGGAGCGCGCCAUUCCCGAGAUGGACAAACGACUUGCAGCAGACCUUGACAGUCGGAAGGCUGCAAGGGAAAAGGGUAUCCGUUUCUGUGAGCCAAUCACGCUGACAUACCAGGCCGAGCGUAUGCCGGAGCAGAUACGCCUUAAGGUUGGUGGAGAGACGCCCCAGCAGAUUGCUGUUUACGAGGAGUAUGCCAGGAACAUCCCAGGAUUUCUGCCACUAUCCGAGCUGAACCUGCCAGCAGGCCUUGCCAAACCUAUGCCUUCUUACCCGGCCUCAGAGGAGCUGAUGCUUAUCUAUGAGAAGAUCGCUCGAGAGAUUGAGCAGAGUAUCUCGCAGGCAGGCGUGGCGGGCACCAACCCACUGCUGGCGCAGAUGAGAGCGCUUCUUGACACAAUCAUGAUGGCAGGGGCCAGUAGGGACCUAGCAUCUGCAAUGGCUCUGCUUCAGAAGGCUACUGAGGGGUUGAUGGAGCAGUUCACCGCCCGGACCCAGGAUCAGAAAUUAAUGUUGAGGUUCCGAGACUGUCACCUCCUUGUGUUGAAUGCUUUGCAAGAUCAGAGAGCAUUUGGGCCUCAGUGGACCAGCAAACAUGUUACCAGGUGUGUGUCAGAGGGAUGCCGGGAGGAACAUCGUUUUAACCUGGAGGCAGUAGACAUCCUCAUUCAGAGUCAGCUUGUGAACCUUAACUCGUACGACAUGUACCUCUUCCAGCUAAUGGAGAGCGACAGGAAUGGUGUCGCUAUCACAUUCGCCAUGCAGCUUGUCCAAAGAUACUGUGUGGAUGAUAAACGCAGUGGACAGAUAACUGAGGCUGACUUUGCAAACACCAUUGAGUUCCUGAGCUACUUUGCUGGCAAGUCCAGGCAACUCCCGGCUGGACUGACGAACCUGUUGGAGAACCUGCGCCAGACCCCAACUACCGGUGGGGGAGGGGAGUUUGGAAUGCUAGACCGAGCCCCGGGCGGGGGCGGACCCACCUUCAUGAUGCAGUCGGGUAUAACCCAGGCACGGGAGAUCGAGGAUCCGCCCGGCCUCCACGAGAAAACUGAGUACUUGCUGCGGGAGUGGGUCAACAUGUACCACUCGCCUGCAGCAGGGAGAGACAGCACGAAGGCGUUCUCCGCAUUUGUACAACAGAUGCACCAACAAGGAAUACUGAAAACAGACGACUUGAUAACCCGAUUUUUUCGGUUGUGCACGGAGAUGUGCGUUGAUCUGUGCUACAGGGCUCUGUCAGAGCAGACGCACAACUCCGGUCUGGUACGCGCCAAGUGUUUCCACACCCUGGACGCGUUCGUACGACUGAUCACCCUGCUGGUGAAACACUCCGGCGACACUGCCAACUCAGUGACCAAGAUCAACUUGCUGAAUAAGGUGUUGGGUAUAGUAGCAGGCGUGCUGCUGCAGGACCAUGAGGUACGCAAGACAGAGUUCCAACAACUGCCCUACCAUCGCAUCUUCAUCAUGCUCUUCAUUGAGCUCAAUGCCCCCGACAUUAUCCUAGAGAACAUCAAUUUCCAGGUUCUCACUGCCUUCUGCAACACGUUCCAUGUACUGAGACCCACGAAGGCCCCGGGCUUCUGUUUUGCCUGGUUGGAGCUGAUCUCUCAUCGAGUGUUUGUAGGGCGCAUGCUGGCGCUCACCCCACAACAGAGGGCAUGGGGCAUGUACGCUCAGCUACUGAUCGACCUGUUCAAGUUCCUCCACCCGUUCCUGAGGAAUGCUGAGCUUACCAAGCCAAUACACUUCCUCUAUAAGGGUACGUUGCGAGUGUUGCUGGUUCUGCUCCAUGACUUUCCCGAAUUCCUCUGUGAUUACCACUACGCGUUCUGUGACAUCAUCUCCACUAACUGUAUCCAGAUGCGCAACCUGAUUUUGAGCGCGUUUCCCCGCAACAUGCGCCUCCCCGACCCCUUCACUCCGAAUCUAAAGGUGGAUAUGUUGGCUGAUAUUGCCCACGCUCCAAGGAUACCGACAAACUUUGCAAACAUGAUCACUCCCGUCUCAUUCAAAAAUGACCUGGACUCAUACCUGAAGACACGCUCCCCAGUGACGUUCCUCUCGGACCUUCGCAGCAGCUUACAGUCCAACGAGCCGGGCUCACGCUAUAAUAUCUCGUUGAUGAAUGCCCUGGUAUUGUACGUGGGUACACAGGCCAUACAGCACAUACACACGAAGAGCCUCACACCAAGCAUGUCGACAAUCGCCCACUCGUCUCAUAUGGACAUAUUCCAGAAUCUUGCUGUUGACCUGGACACUGAAGGUCGAUACUUAUUCCUGACAGCUUUAGCGAACCAGCUGCGCUACCCCAACAGCCACACCCACUACUUCAGCUGCACACUGCUGUACUUGUUUGCCGAGGCCAACACGGAAGCCAUACAGGAACAAAUCACCAGGGUACUGUUGGAGCGUCUGAUUGUCAACCGCCCCCACCCCUGGGGCCUGCUCAUCACCUUCAUAGAGCUUAUUAAGAACCCCCAGUUCAAGUUCUGGACUCAUGAGUUUGUCCACUGUGCUCCCGAGAUUGAGAAGUUGUUUGAGUCAGUUGCUCGAUCCUGCAUUCAAAAAGGGUCAGGGGCGACCCCAUCACGUGAACAAGAGGCUGCCGAGUUACAUUAGGGGCAUGUGACCUUACUGACAGGAUGCCAUACGCAUUAGUCAUGUGACUUGACCAAACAAAUCAUGUGACAUCUGCGUCAGUCGUGUUACUUCACAGACGUCUGUGUUUGUCAUGUGAUUUGACCAAUCUUAUCAGAUGACCCUUGCAGAAUCCAGAAGCUACUAUGCCUGGUCUUAUAUUUGAACCAAUUCUCCAAGAGAAUGUUGGCACUUGCAACAAACAAAAUAUUUGUUAGCAGUCAAACAAAAUAAUCAAUGGAAAUAUUUAAUAUACGGUCAUUGUAAAAGAUGAAGUGUUCUGUGUUUCAUUUAAAGUUCCUUAUGUGUUAAAGUCACAUGAAUAUUAAUGUUUGUCAGAAGAAUUAUUUCAUUUAUCCUCCUUUAUUCCAAGUUGGUACUUGUGCUAUUGUAUAUAAUAUUUUGAAACUAGACAUAGUUGCAGUGUAUGUGUGGACUUGCGCAUUUAGGAACUGGUUUGUACAUUAAGGUAGUUUUGCUUCCAUACCUGUAAAUGCUUGGAUGUGUGAUAUCUUGUGUAUAGUGUGAAUGAUUUGCUGUAGUAAAUAUGAGUAUAUA